AUGUAUAUUGUUAGUCGUGCUGUAUCAUGUUUUCGAAUAAGAUUGUGGUUAGAAGUGGGAUUAUCAUUAGUGGGGGGGAUGUCGAUAGGAACCCCUGUGAAACUGCUAUAUGAAGGAAUUGGUCACAUAAUAACAGCGGAAUCGUGCAAUGGAUUGUUGUAUCGCGGAACAUUAACCAAUGUAGAAGAUACAAUGAAUUGUCUGAUGGAAGGAGUUGUUGUUACAAUGCGUGACGGGAAGACAAUGGCGUUGGAGCAAGUAUAUUUACGUGGUGCGCAAAUUAGGUUCAUGGUAUUUCCAGACAUGCUCAGACAUGCACCUAUGUUCAAGCAAAAUCCCAGGGAUCGUCCCAGAUUGGCUGUUUUGCCAGGAAUGAGGCAUGCCAUUCAGAUGCGGGCAAAGAAUCCCAGGGGUAUGAAACGCCCCUGA